AUGGUAAAUGCACAAAUAUGGCUGGAUCAGAAACACCCACCGGAAACGAGAGAAGUAGUAACGGAGUUAAAUAUUAGUUCGGAAGAGCUCAAAGGUUCCUUGAACUUGUACUUUUUUAACAAUUUAAGAAAGUUAAAUUGUUCCGGCAAUGUAAUCACCAGUCUUGAUCUGAAUGAUUGCACGCAGUUAGAAGAAUUAACUUGCUCAUAUAAUAAAAUUGCCAAAAUUGACAUGAGCAAUUGUACGCAAAUCAGUAGACUCGAUUGUUCUAAUAACUGCCUUGUUAACUUCGACUUCUCUAAAUUGGAUCCGGAAAAAUUGAUUGAGCUUUUUGUGGACGAUAAUAACUUCCCUAAACAAGGUUUAUCUUGCUUCAGUCGUUUCAAAAAUCUUGAAAAACUUUCAAUUGGUAAUAGUAAAAAGAUCAUUGCCGAACACAACACCUGUAACCAGUUUACUGGUUCUUUAAGAGCAUUAGAAAAAUUAGGCAGAUUAGAAGAGUUGGAUAUCAAUAAUACCGAUAUUGAUCGCGGUCUAGAAUACUUGUCAGAUAAUUUAAAAAGGAUUAAAUAUUUAAAAAAAAAUGAAAGAAGUAUUGAACUCAACUCCAAUCAAUUGUUAUUACCAUUGCAACCUUAUCACCGGCCAUUACCUUAUAAUCAUUAUGAUAUGAUGGCGUGGAGGAAAGAUCAUUUUCGUUAUUAUACUCCAUUCCUGGUUUUGCAGGAGGGAGAUAAAAUACAGAAGCAAAAAAUAAGUAGUUUGGAAGAAGAAUUGAAACAAAAAAAAGAGGAAAAUAUAAUCUUGUGGCAUCAAUUAGAAGACUUGGAAAAUUUGCGAAAUACGUGUUCAGGUUACACAAAGUUUAUAGAUAAUUAUUUCCAGAGCAAAAAGUUCCGCUUAAGCGAAAUGACUAUCUCAGCAAAAAGCAAACUUGAUGAUGAAACUCAAGAUAUGCUGGACACUUUGUUGGAAACCCAAGAAGAAAUUAUUCAAGAUAGCGGUAGCAAAUUUACCUCCAAACGAUUAGAAAGGCUAGAAAGGACAAAAAGAGCUUUAAGUAAAAAAUUAAACAGCGAGGAAAUUCAAAUUCUGCUGGCUGAACAAGAAGAAGUGGCAAAAUUAAAUGAUCAACUGGAGUUAUUACAAAUCCGAGAAACAAAACUUCAAUCUUCAUCCCCCAACCUUUUUGAACAACAACAAUAA